AUGAAACUGAAGAAGAACUGUUCUAAGAAACCUGCGACAGCGGAGGUUUUGCUCGUAUUGGCGUCGUCGUCAAUACGAGUAUGGCAGAGAACAGCUUACGAAUCCCAAAUCGGACGUCAGCGGAUGAGAAGAUGUGGUCCAACACCAGCUUUGACUAUCUUCUUCGCUUACGCUCCAACAUCAAGCUACGAAGAAGAAGAAGUCAAAGCUUUCUAUAUGGACCUGGAGAAGUUCUACCGAAAAGAUCAUGCCUUCUGCAAGGUCGCCAAAACUGGCCCAUGA